AUGACGGGAAGCAGCAAUAUAUCAAUAAAACAAGUCAAGAAAACUGUCCAAGACGUGGGUAGCGUCAUCAAAGGAAGCAAGAAGCGAAUAUCCUGGACCUUUUUCUUGGGCAAAGAAGAACGGACCGUGGUCCUUCUCUGGAGCAAGAACUCGGGCAAGCGCCAAGUCACCGAAGGCGGUAGUAACGAUGAUGAUUAUGCUUACGAAGAAACCAAGAAGGGAAACUUUUUCUUUCACAAGUGGGAUUCUCGUGGCGCGAAACUGCACAUCAUUGCGUCGUCUCACACUCCUGCCAAGGACAAGGUCUGCGACAAUUUUAUCAAAUUCGAGUUGAUUGUGAAUGGACGACCCUUUUCCAAAUUGUCUCAUCAUGAUGGCACUCCCUUGCCAGAGAAGGAUGGCCCCGGUCCCUAUGGCAUUUUUGAUAUAGUAUACCCACAAGGAUACGACGUCAACUUUACCAAGGAGGCUCCCUUUCACAGCAAGGACCACUUGCAUUCGGUCGUAUUGAGAGAGUUGAGUUCGCAGUCAAUGUCCGAUGUGACCUCCAAUGUGGAGGAAAGUGCGCCAUUUGCGCAGGAACAGCAACAGUAG